CAGUAAGUACCAAGCAAUAUUGUAGUAGUAAUUCGAUUCUGCUCCUCCCUUUCUAGUAUUCCUUUUUCACCCCACCAACAACCGCGGAAGAUUUAACUUUUUUCUCCUUACCAUUUCCACUCACAGACCAUCUAAUGAUUCUAAUCCCCCUCUUCUCACAAUUACUUCACCUUCUGUAAGAGACAGCAGUGUUUUGCUCGGAAUUCAAGGAUGAGAAAUGUUGGUGAAAACUCACCCACCUCGAUGAAUCAUCAGAUGCUCAGCCUGAAAGUGCUAGAUCUCUCUCUCAGGAUCUUUGCAAUACCUCUGAGUGUUGCAUCCAUUUGGGUGACCGUGACCGACAAGCAGGAUAGCAGCAGUUAUGGAAACCUGGAGUUCAGCACCCUCAUGGGACUCAAGUACAUGGUUUGCGUCAAUGCCAUCUCCGCAGGUUAUAGUCUUGCUGCUGUUGUUUCCUCAUGGCUCAGAGGAUUCUUAACCAAAGAUUGGUUCUUUCUUUUCUUGGACCAGGUUGUAGCUUAUUUAAUGGUUACAUCCGUAGCUGCAGUGGCGGAGAUACUUUACUUGGCUUACAAUGGCGACAGAGAUGUGAGUUGGAGUGAAGUCUGUAGCUUUUAUGGAAAGUUUUGUAGCAGAGCAAAAGUGGCUUUGGUUCUCCAUGCAUUGGUCCUCCUGUGCUUCCUUGGCUUAACUCUGAUUUCAGCUUACAGAGUUUUCAGCCAGUAUCGUCCUCCUUGCGUUCCUUCCAAAGAAGCAGAACUACAGAAUGGUUAAAAUGGUCAUGUUGAUGGGCAUGUCACUGCUUGGGAUUACUUCCUGUUUUUUUGUAAGUGUUCUGAGAGAGAAUUAUAGAGAGGUGGUUACAGCUUUGAUGUUCUCUGUAAUAAAUUAAAUGGAAUUUAUGAAUAUAUAUGGAGAACUUGAAGCUGUA